GCUCCACAGUAUUAUCUCAGCUCUCUGAAAUCUGGCUGCGUGUUCGGGCAGCAGUGCCAAAACAAAAGAAGAUCUGUCGUGAGCAAGGUAGAAACACUGGCAGAAGGCGGUAAAUGUCAGUCAACUUCAGAGGAGAAAACUGUGAAUUUAUACAAACAGGAGCAGGCUUGUGAAGCUUCAGGGCUGUCUGGCCCUCGAGGUGUGCUCACCACAUGGCUCCUUUGGAUGAAGAUUUAUCUGGACACACAUCCUCGCCACACCCUCCUCACAGCAGCAGGACCAGCAGCAGCAGCAGGACCAGCAGCAGCAGCAGGACCAGCAGCAUGAUGCGAGUCGUCCCGUUAGUUUUGGCUCUCGCAGCAGUCUGCAAUGGCAUCCUCCCUGAGAUAGUGGACUCGGGCAUCAGUCACAUCCUGGAGGAUAAUUCCGCCCAGCAGGGACAAACGGAGCUGGACCGCAUGUUUGUGGAAGUGGAGCAGCUGCCCGAGGAUCCGCAGCCAAAGCCCGAGGAUGCGUUUCACCAAAGGAACAACGAGAGCGUCAGUCUCAGCCCUCAUCCCAAUAACCUUCCUCCAAGUCAUCACAAUGAAAGUGCUUCUGAUAAAGUGAUUGACAGUGAAUCUGUCCACACCUCAGUAGACCAGGAGACAAACAACAUUACCACAGCCGUCCAGUCCAGUGACCUGGGGAACAAUAUUGAUCAUGGAUGUAUGACUGAUGAGGACUGUGGAAAGGGAAGGUAUUGCCUUUAUGAUAUGCACAACGCCAAGUGUCUGCAUUGCAAAGCAAUCGAUAUGUCCUGCACUAAGGAUGAGGAGUGCUGUGGUGAACAGCUGUGUGUAUGGGGUCAGUGCAGUCAAAAUGCAACAAAAGGAGAGGCUGGCAGCACUUGUCAAUACCAGACUGACUGCAACCCAGACCUCUGCUGCGCGUUCCAUAAAGCCCUGCUCUUCCCUGUCUGCUCGGCCAAGCCCAUUGAACGCGAGCGCUGCUUUGGUGCCUCCAACCACCUGGUAGAGCUGUUGUCCUGGGACACACAGAACGAGGGACCCACAAAAUACUGCCCCUGUGCAGGAGAUCUCCACUGCCAGCACCUGGGGCGAGGGUCCAUGUGCCUUAAUGGAGAAGACUCGAGUGAAGAGGACUUGACAGACACACUAUAUUCAGAGAUAGACUAUAUAAUCUGAAUUAAUUCAUAUUGCCUUCUGAACAACGAGACAGAGGUCUCCACCGACACCAGUUUGUUGCAAAGAAUCUACUAGUACUAGUACUAUAGCACCUUCUGUUUGCCAGCUCAAUCCAAAGUGGCAAAAGCAUGGAAAAUGUAUUAAAAUAUAUUUAUUUGAUUUGCUUUAAUUGAGACCUGAGGUUCACAAUCAGUGUUUCUGAAACUAUCGAUAUAAAAGUCACUAACAGAAAACAGGAAACACUAUAUCUGCUGCAUUGAUACUAAACACUGGUUUCUUGAAUAUUUGCUCUUUAUAUUGUACUGUAACUCUAAUCCUUAUCUAAUGCUAUUCCCAGCCAUAAAAUUAACUCAAUAACUUCUCACCUCACUGUUUAAAAUUGUGAGAAUAAAAUAGAGCAAAGUCUGAGCCACCCAGUUUGCAGUCUCACUGCAUUUACUGUGCAUUAGGAACAAAAAGAAACCAGAUACAAUCAUUCUUUGUGUACUGUAUAAAACAGUGUCACAGAAGCAGGCUAUAAUAAAUGUUUGGAGUAGCAAGGAUCACUUCCCUCAGCAUUACACAUUUAUAUUCAUCUAAAGGACGUCAACACUACCAUGACAUGUCAGCAGAACAGGUGUGGUCCUUCUAAAUCUGGUAAUGGUUUCUGUGAACAUGACUGGACUACAACAAUUGCUCAUAUUGCUUAAGAGCAAAUCUAAUUCUAGCCGCUUCAAUAUCCUAAAGUUGUUUAUAACUAAGCUUUUUUUCUUCUGCACUCUUCCCCAUUGUUCCUGAGAAAAUGUUUUGGCAAACCUUGCUGCUUGCUGCUUCCUAGCAAUGUCAAGAUCCUCAUGUUGCUUUGUUCCAAAGUGGUACGGUUUGUUUUUGCCAAGAUGACACGACAAGAGGAAACACUGUCCAACAUGCCAUGUUGUUAUUUAUUCUGUCAUGUACAUUGUUUGUAUGGAUAUGUAUUUAUUAUGUGUUUUUCUCCUCUUUUAUAUACAUACUUAAUCUGUAUUACUUUAUUUCAAGUCCACUGUUGUCUUUCAAGCAGUAUCUCAUAUCCAUUAUUAACAUACCAGAAAAUAACCAAUAUACGAUCAAAACAGUAACUUAUUUGACUGCCUUCAGGUUGAUUGUGAAUUACUCUAACCUGUUUUGAUAAAUCUGAUGGUUAUCUGAUGGCUGUCUCGAGGUCAGUUCAGAUCUUUCACAGUUACAGGAUAGUAAUUGCUGGCCAUUGAGACGAAUCUUGUAGACAUUCAGCUGAAUGGUAUAGAGCAAAAAGGGGUUCUAUUACUACUCUUUAUACUGCAAAGCUUAAAUUGUAAUAAUGCUCUACGUUUUGGUCCACUGAGCUGAAUACUGUGCAGCACAAUGCAUACCCCAGCUUUAGAAGCAUAAAUUGAGUUACCAUUUUAUUAGGUACACCUGCACUGGUGUGUUUAUGGGUGUUUGUAAUAUUCUGUACUCAAAGUCACCAUUACAAGAAUCACAAAGAUAGGAUUGGUUGUAAAGCAACUGGGUUGCCUGAGAUUGUGCAGGUGUACCAAAUAAACUAAAUUGUGUCAUUUCA